AUGGUCAGUUGUUUUCCACUGCUUCUUGUGAUACCAUUUCUCUUACUCCAAUCAACUACGCAAAUUGGUUUGAGACGAAGAUAUUUCAACUUUGAACAUGUUGGCGCUUGUCCGGCGUUCCCCACCAACAUCGGCAAAUUGGAUAAGUUCGUAAUCGAUCAUCCUGAUAAAAGCCAAUAUUACGUCGAUGGGGAGUUUACAUUUUUCAAGAAUAUAACAGCACCAGUUCGGUUCCAUAUUCGUUCGAUUCGAUGCUCGCUUUCCGACAAUUCGAAAUGCAUUCACAACGACGGAUUGCAGUUUGGCUUGUGCGAACAUUUAAACGACAAAAUGGCGUUGUGGACUCCAUUUGUGGCGACCAUCGAUCCGAAAUUAAUGUGUCCCAUUAAAAUGGGAACGUAUAAGAUAAAAAAUGGAACGAUGGACUUCUCAGUGAUAGAAGCUAUGCCAUUGAACGGUUGGCGUUACAAUCUCAGUUUUAGGUUCUAUGAACUGACCAAACCGAAACCAACGGACAUUCUUUGCAUUGAUUUUGUCGUUCAGAUAUCAACCUUGUCCAAUAAUCCUAGCCGAAGAAGAAGGAAACCUGCUCUGAUUUAG